AUGGAGCAAAUGAUGGCAGGAGCAACAAACAGACCCCAGGAACUGGAUGAAGCAGCGCGCAGGCGACUCACAAAACGUUUAUACAUCCCUCUUCCUUCAUCAGAAACCUUAGUGCACCGUGGUUGUGAAGAAGCACGGGCUUGGAUAAUUCGCAAUCUAUUGGAGAAAGAUGGUCUUUUCAUGCUCUCGGAAGAAGAAACAAGUGCCAUCUGUAAAUUAACUGAAGGCUACUCAGGAUCUGACAUGAAAAACUUAGUGAAAGAUGCCUCAAUGGGACCACUAAGAGAGGCUCUUCAAAGGGGCGUUGAAAUCACAAAGCUCAGCACGGAGGAUAUGCGACCAGUGAUGCUGAAGGAUUUCGAGAAUGCCAUGCAGGAGGUAAGACCUUCUGUUUCCUCGAACGAGCUGGGGACUUAUGAGGAAUGGAACAUGCAAUUUGGGAGCCUAUCGAUCUAG